AUGAACAAUACGAAGAAUUCAAAAACAACUUGUUUUUGCCCACCAGCAUAUCAUGGUCAUCGAUGUGAAAACCAAACUCAACGAGUUAGUCUAACUGUACAGUUACGAGUAUUAUCUGAUUUUCGUACUAUAUUCGCUGUUGUUAUUACAUUGAUUGAUGAUCAACAAGGUUUAAUUGAAUCAUAUGAUAAAGUCAACUACUUACCGAUGUAUGUUUGUCUCAAAAAGUAUAAUAUUUAUCUUCUUUAUACCACACGACCAAAAAAUACAUCGACGAACUAUACUGUACGCAUUGACAUUUAUGAAAAAAAUUCGUUCGAAUUUCGAGGCACUUGGGCAUUUUCCAUUCAAUUUCUGUUUUUGCCUGUCCAUCGUACAGCUGUUCAGUUGCAUAUUCCACCAACAAAAGCUAUUUUACAAGGACAAGAAACAGAAAAAUGUGGAAAUCAUGGUCACUAUUUACAAUAUGUGAACACCAAUGGCACUUUUUGCAAAUGUGAUAAAGGAUGGUCUGGAUUAAAUUGUGAUAUUCAAUAUACAUGUAAUUGCUCGCCAGAUUCACUUUGUCUCGGUCCCAAUCUAUGUUUGUGUCCACUGCGAAAAUUUGGCCCACGUUGCUAUCUAAAGCGUUCCAAAUGUUCAUGUAAAAAUGGUGGAUUCUGUGCGUGGAAUGAUGAGUGGAUUAGUCAGCAUAAUGCUUCCUGGUGUAUUUGUCCAGAUGGAUUUUCCGGUCUCACUUGUGAAAUACGUGAUACAGAAAUUCUUAUCUCAUUCGCAUCAGACGUGGCGAUACCGUCAUCUAUCCUUCUUCAUUUUAUUCAAGUGUAUGGAAAACGGAAUCCUCACAACCACACGACGAUCUUCAAAAAGAUCGCACUCGAUCAAAACACCGUUAAGAUCUACAGAAACGAUCCAUUUCAUAUACUUUUCAUUGAAAUUGAACCUAAAACAUAUUAUUUCAGUGUACUUCAAGAAAACUAUCAUUCUUCAGCUAAUAUCACAUCAGUAAUUACACGAUCGAAAAGAUGUUUACCAAUCAUUGAACUUUUUAAUACUACCAUUGUUACAAGGCAUCUUCUUCGUCGCAUUAAACUUUAUCAUAUGCCAUGUCAACAACGAACGAAACUUGAUUGUUUCUACGACGAAACUCAUAUGUGUAUAUGUAAUCAUGAUCUUCAACAAGCUAAUUGUUUCAAUUUCAAUCACAAUAUGACAUAUAAUUGUAAAGGAAAAAGUCUAUGUGAAAAUGAAGGGCGAUGCUUUUAUGAUAAACCUGACUGUCCAACUUUAUUUAUGUGUGUUUGUGAUGAAUGUUCCUAUGGCUCUCGAUGUCAAUUUUCAACAAAAGGUUUUGCUGUUUCACUUGAUACUAUACUUGGUUACCACAUAAAACCUGAUGUAUCUUUUGGUCAACAACGUGUAUCAAUCAAAAUUACUGUAACAAUCGCUAUGAUUAUGCUAGUAUGUGGUCUUGCUAAUAGCGUUUUAUCUAUUAUGACUUUUCAAACGAAAAAGAUGCGUGAAGUCGGUUGUGGUUGUUAUCUUCUUGUUUCGUCAUAUACAUCAGCUAUUGUUUUCAUUUUGUUUGCUUUGAAGUUCUACUUUCUCAUUGCAUCACACAUGAAUAUUAUUACUAAUCGUAUUUUUCUAUCAUUGAAUUGCAUUCUAAUUGAUUUUCUUAUCAAAAUUCUUGUCAACAUUAUUGAUUGGCUGACUACAUGUGUUGGAAUUGAACGUACUGUUGUUACUUAUCAAGAGAAGAAAUUAGAUAAAGCAAAGACUAAACGAAUAGCUAAAUGGAUCAUUAUCUUUAUUUUUGUCUUAACUAUUACAACUAAUCUACAAGAUCUUAUUAAUCGUCACUUAAUGGAUGAUGAAGAAGAAAAUCGCACAUGGUGCAUUGUAAAAUAUUCAUCAUCAGUUCAGACUUUCAAUUCGGCUAUAUUACUUCUUCAUUUUCUUUGUCCAUUCAUAUUGAAUAUUAUUUCAGCUUUUAUCAUUGUUUUCAAAGUUGCUUAUCAACGUUCUAAUGUUCAAAAACAAAUAUCUUAUCAAAAACACUUGCGACAGCAAUUUUAUCAAUUGAAACAUAUAUUCAUUAGUCCAAUUAUUUUAAUAACUUUGGCUUUACCUCGGCUUGUCAUUUCAUUUCUAUCUGGAUGCAUGAAGUCGCCUAGAAAUCCAUGGUUAUUCUUGUGUGGUUAUUUAAUUUCAUUUGCACCACAUAUGUCUAUAUUCAUUGUCUUUGUAAUCCCAUCGAAACACUACAAGAAAGAGUUUGAUGCAACAUUUGGAUACGUCAAAAGGUAUCUUCUCAAUCGAUUAAGAAACAGAGCAACAUAA